AUGAGCGAGAUGAAGUUUCUUACGCGUGAGGGACUUGGUGCUGCGAAGCGCAAGGUAUUGGAUUGGACUGGGAUUCAUUAUUUGCAAAAUGAAGCAGUGUUGCUAGAACUCCCAGUCCCCGCAUUGAGGGAGCAGCAAGCCCGGAAGAUAAAAAUAUACGGAUCUCCAAUGACACCGGAGUUUGGCCUUUUGGGCCUUCCAAUAAAGUCUGGAUGGCCGAGCAUGUCCGAAUAUGGGUACGCCGAUCCGUAUGAGAUACUCACCCACACCCCAAACCCAUUCACUGUGUUUCUUAACGAGAGGAAAUACGAGGCUAUUCGGAUGAUUGGCUUGCUUCGAGAAGCGGAGGCCCAAAAAGAGACCUACAUCGCACACUUUAAUCGUUUCUACGAAUUCAACCUUUUGCGAGCCUCUGACGUUCUUAAAUUGAGAAUGAUCAAGACUGGACACCCCUACACGGAAUUAAAUGUGCAGUAUAGAAUGACGGGUGAUAUUUGCAAGCAUGUGAGCGAGCAGUUCUGUGGUGGUCGACUCAGAACUCACCCAUCGUGUAAAGGAAGACCACACUCAAUCAGGUUUUUCGAGGAAAUGGUGAACCUCUUCACCUGUGCUCCUGGAACAUCAUUCUUUGUCUCGGUGGCGAAAUCGUCAGUUUGA